UCUUCGAGGGAGGAUGCGGACGGAAGGACGGGGGAGGGAAGGGAUGAAGGGAAUCGCCGAUAGGAAAGUGCAUAGAAUAUGAAUAAAAGGGCGUCGAUAAGAGCGCGCGCGGUGCAAGGUCGAAUAUGACAGAUUCGUUGAACGGGGCACUUUGCGUUGUAAUAGCUGGUCGGCAAUAGUACUAUGAUUUGGUAUGUGGCCACUUUGAUAGCAAGUGUAUUCAGCACCAGAGGAACGGCCACUCAAGGUGCCCACGGAGUGAGAGAGGAGCCCCGGUUUUUGACGGCGCGCGCUGGAGAGAGCGUGAUCCUGGGAUGUGACGUGUCCCCUCCCCUGGACGGCCAGCAGCCCCCCUACGUGGUGGAGUGGUUCAAGUUCGGAGUGCCCAUCCCCUUCUUCAUCAGCUUCCGCUUCCACCCUCCUCAUGUCGACCCAGAGUACACCGGUAGAGCCAGCCUGCAUGGGAAGGCGUCUCUUCAGAUUGACCCAGUGCGCUCAGAGGACCAGGGCUGGUACGAGUGUAGGGUUCUGAUGCUGGAGCAGCAAUACAACACCUUCCACAAUGGCAGCUGGGUGCAGCUCACAGUCAAUGCCCCUCCCACUUUUACGACCACGCCCCCACAGUAUGUGGAGGCCAAGGAGGGGGGCAGCACACUGCUGACUUGCUCCGCCCAGGGAAACCCCAAACCAAUGAUCAGCUGGCUGAGGGAGGGGGAGGAGCUUGCAACCAGUGGAAAAUACACGGUGCAUGAUGGGAGUCUGACGGUGCUGGGGAUCACUCGGGACGACAGAGGGGCGUAUACGUGUCGAGCCUUCAGCGACCAGGGAGAGGUACUCCACACCACCCGUCUGCUGGUCCAAGGGCCACCGUAUAUUAAGUCACCACCAGAGAACAUCACUGUCAACAUAUCCCAGAAUGCACGCUUCACCUGUCAAGCAGAGGCGUAUCCUGGAAACCUGACCUACACCUGGUUUUGGGAGGAAGAUAACGUCUACUUCACUAAGAAUGACCUGAAAAACCGAGUCCGCAUCCUCAUUGACGGAACCCUCCACAUCUUCCGGGUGAAACCAGAGGAUGCUGGGAAAUACACCUGCAGCCCAAGCAACAGCCUUGGAACUCCACCGUCAGCAUCAGCACACCUCUCUGUUCAGUACCCUGCCCGUGUGCUCAACAUGCCCUCCAUCAUAUACGUUCCACGGAAACUUCCAGGGGUCAUCCGCUGCCCGGCGGACGCCAACCCGCCGGUGAUAUCAGUGAAGUGGGAGAAAGAUGGCUACCCUCUCAGAGUGGAGAAGUACCCCGGAUGGAGCCAGGCACCGGAUGGGAGUAUCCGGGUGGCGGAGGCCACAGAAGACUCCCUUGGCACCUACACCUGUAUGCCUUACAACACCCUGGGUACAAUGGGCCAGUCUGACCCGGCCACUCUGGUGCUAAAGGAUCCCCCCUACUUUAACGUGAGGCCUGGUGGGGAGUAUCGCCAAGAGGCUGGUAGAGAGCUGGUCAUCCCCUGUGCUGCCUCGGGAGACCCUGAGAUACCAACCAUCACCUGGAGGAAGGUGGGGAAGCCCAGCAAGAGUAAGCACAACAUCCUCCCCAGCGGCAGCUUACAGUUCCUGUCCCUCAGCAAGGAGGAUCAUGGGGAAUGGGAGUGUGUGGCCACCAAUGUGGUCACCAGCAUCACUGCCAGCACGCGCCUCCUCGUCAUAGGCACCAGCCCACAUGCUCCAGGCAACAUUCGUGUGUUGCCCUCGGUGACCUCGGCCAAUGUGUCCUGGGAGCAGGGUUACGACGGAGGCUUUGAGCAGACAUUCUCAGUGUGGUAUGGCCCAGUGUUGAAAAAGGAGAAUUUUGGCCCCCAUGACUGGCACUCCAUGCCAGUGUCGGGGUCUCAGACGUGGUUGGUGGUGCCGGGGCUGGAGCCCAGGACAGAAUACCAGUUCAGCGUCCUGGCACAGAACAAACUGGGCACAGGCCCUUUCAGCGAGGUUGUGACGGUUAACACAGUAGUGUCUCCCCUGAGUACCCCUGAACCACAGGUGCUUCUUACUCCACCACGGUGCCUCACAGCCAAUCGCACACAGCACGGCGUCCUGCUCACAUGGCUCCCACCAGCCAAUCACUCAUCGCCUGUCGACCGCUACAUCAUGGAGUUCCGUCUCGGGGAGAGGUGGGAGGUCCUCGACGAUCUGAUCUCUGCCGCUGAGACUGAGCUGAUGGCCAGGGACCUUGUCCAGGAGUCCUGGUAUGAGUUCAGAGUCAUGGCUGUCAUGGACGACCUCAUCAGUGAGAGCAGUAAUGUGGUGGGAGUGUCAAGCACAGAUCCCUUCCCCCCUGCGGAGGUGACUGAAGAGGGGUUGGCGCUGCCCGUGGUAGCGGGCGUUGUGGCAACCAUCUGCUUCCUGGCGGCUGCAGUGCUCUUCAGUACUCUAGCAGCCUGCUUCGUCAACAAACAGCACCAACGCAAACUCAAACGCAAACCAGACCCUCCCCUGUCUGUAACACACUUCAGGAAAAGCAUUGACUCAUCGCCUCCUCUCACCCCCUUGCCCGGGGUAGAGCCCUGUUGGGACGCGCCAGCCAGGAGCAGCUACAUGCCCCCACCAGCCAGGAGCAGCUACAUGCCCCCACCAGCCAGCUCCCUGCUGUCCUCUGGGAAGAUCAGUCCAGAGAGCUCCCCUCCCGCCUCGCGGCCCCAGUCCCUGUCCUCAGAUGGGGCCCACGGCCCGGGCCUGUACGUCAGGAGACUGCCCAGCCCUCAGAGAGACAGGGACAAAGAGCUCUCCUUCUACAAGAAAACCAAGCGUGCUAUAGCCAGCAAGAAGUACAGCGUGUCCAAGCACGAGGCAGAGGUCACCAGCCCCAUCGAGCUGAUCAGCCGCGGUCCUGACGGCCGUUUCAGCAUGGCCAGCCCGCCAUCAGCCCACCGACGCAUCCAGGGCUUCCCGUUCGCUGAGGAGUCCGACAUGUACCCCGAGUUCCGGCAGUCCGACGAGGAGAAUGACUUUGACCCCGGGCCCCUGCCCCCGAUCAUGGCCACGCUCCGACCACAGCUCUCCCCAACAUCCUCCAGUCUGGAGUCCACGCAGCCCCCCAACUACAGCCCCCGCCUCCACAGGCCCAUGGAAGGUAUGAGCUUUGUGGAGGGCAGUGGGCAUCAUGCUGCAGGGCAGGCCCCAGCCUCCCACUACAGGGACUUUCCCCAGGUCCCCUUCUAUGGGUAUCUAGGCAGCCGCGGUGAAUCGGGGAUUCCGCCACCUUUUUACAUGCCGGACAUCAGUCCGCAUAGCUCCGCUCUGUCCUCCCCCCCAGGCACUGCUGACGGGGGGCCGUACGGUUAUCCCUCCAUCCCAGAGGAGAGGGAAGAGAUGGAGCUCCAUCAUCAGUACACUUCCUCUGGCCAUUCCCUUCCACAUUCACACAGCCCUCCCCCUCGCUCCCCUCGCUCACCUGACAGCUGGCAGCCUCACGAAUUCCCCUUCCUGGGUCUGGAGGGGCCCCGCUUCAUUUAUCCACCUCAUCAUCCCUUACAUCAUCACCAGGACCUUCCCGACCCUCCACCGUACCCCCCUCUCCACUCUCUCCCCCCCAGCCGCCUGCACCUCCCCAGCCCUCGGCUCCUGCAGUUGGAGGUCCCCAUGGCUCCACAGGGCAGAGACCAACCCCCAGGCCUUCCAGCUAGGCGCUUAGCUAUGCAACAGGCCCAGAGUCUCGGCCAGCUCAGACACACAUCCCAUGGUGUGGGUGUACCAGUGUUGCCUUACCCUGACCCAUCAGCCCGUGCAGGGAGCCCAAGCACAGCCCCUAGCAGCAGCCCCCAGUCCUGGCUCAGCCCGAGGUCAGGGCGUAGGACAGACCCCUCCCUGCCCCCGCUGGUCCUCCAACCCUCCCGCCUCUCCCCCCUCUCCCAGAGCCCCCUUAGCACCCAGCCAGGUUCCCCAGAUAUCCUAGUCCGCCCACCACCCCACCCCAGCAUCCUCCGCACCUCCCGCUCUCUGGAGAUGCCUGAGAUCACCCUGCACCCCCAAGCCACCGUCAGUUUCUCCCGAAGGUCCUCCCUGGCCUCCUCCCCCACUCAGGGCCAGCAGGGAAGCCGCAGGCCCAGCCCCAGUUACCGUCCCCACAUGUCCUAUGCUUCUACAGCAGCCAGUUACCCCUCCCAGUCCCCCUCUCCCCCCUUGGAGGGCAGGGAUGUGUUCGGGCAGUGGCCGUCCCAGAGGAGAACAGAGGAGGAGAUGCUGCCCUCAGAGCCCUCCCAGCUCCAGAUAUCCGCCUCAGGGGAACCUCUAGGUGCGUCUAGGGAUCCUGCCGGGUCUGAGAGCUUACAGUCACUGCUACACCACUGUAUUACUAAAGCCAAGAGAGUGGCUGCCAACACCAAUAACAACUCCACUUCCAGGAGAAGAACAGGUGUGUCUCCCUCUCAGACCCAGCAGCAAUCCCAGACCCCCUCGGCUCACAGAGAAGAUCUCUACCUCCACAGGAAGAGGAAAAGGCAGAACAGGAAGAACCCAUAUCUCUUUUUAACCUCCUUCCUGCACCGCAGCAGACGCUCUGAGGAGGACCAGGCGGCCAUCCUGGCCAGUACAGACUCAGACGGGCCCAACUACAGGACUCCCCACUGACCACUGACCAGUAUGUCCACUACUGUCACUCACAGACAGAUCAAGCCAUGGGAGGCAACUACAUUGACCUGCCAACCUAGAUCUCUCUAUAACUCCCAUACAGAAAUUAUGAUAAUCAUGUGAUUAAUUCCAUUCAGCUUUUGGCAGUGGGUAACCUGUCUCUAGCGUUUUCCAAAUAAUUUAGACAAAAUAAAGAUGUUUUCCGUGUCUCCCUGAGGAUAAUGUUGUUAGGGUCACCAGAUAAAACAUCUGUAAUGUAAAUACAUAAAAUAAUGAAAAGGGGGACAAUAUCUCCUAUUGUAGUAAAAUGCAUUGAUCUAAAUAAUUCACAACACCUUAAAAGUCCCUGGUCAUGGAGGAGUCUAUCUGAGGUGUUACAGUGACACAGUGGACUAAACCUGGUGUGUUCCUUAGACAAGGACCUCAGCCUACCUUUCCUACAAUUCAAAUAGUGUCAGUAUCUAACACAGGGUACUUAUUGCAAAAUAUACCUCAGAGUAAGUGCAGAAUUGCUGUAAUUCUAUUGGACUAUACUUAUUUUACAUUAUUUUUCAAAUGAAAUGUAUGAAAGAAAUGGUAUAUAAUAUCAUUCACUUCACACAUGAAUUGGAUGCUGUGGCCUGAAGUCUGAUUUUCAUCUGCUUUUAAUAUCGAGCCCAAUCUGCAUAUUUUGCUUAAUCCCAAAAGAAUAUCAUCCAAUACAAGGCGUGGUAUGAUAUUGGUAUAUUUCAAAUCACUAAAAGACAUGUCCUCACUCUCUUGCAUUUAACCAUGUGAUCAAAUCCAGUAAAGGUGAGCCCAUGUUCUUCUUGCUAAGACAUACAGUAACUUUGUGUUCAAGAGGCCAAAUGUACACUUGAUAGGGUGAGGACAGAAGAGGGGUGAGAAAAUGUGAUACAUGUGUAUACAGUGUUUUUCAUUCAUAUGGAGGAAACCUCCAGUCUAUUGUGGAGUAUGGCACAUCUCUAGGUGCCUUGUUCGCCUUUUCUCUCUUGUUUUUGAAAAGUGAAUUAACUGCCUUUUCCUUCACCUUCACGCAUUCUCUCUCUCUGUUGGGACUCAUUAUAAGCUCCAGUCUGACCUGUGGACUGACCUAGCUGUGAGUUAGGGGGCACUGAUGGUGCAUUACUCUGGUUCUUCCUUUAAUCUUGACUGUGUAUAUUCUACUAAUAGAACAGACCUAUACUAACAAUUAGUGAUGAUGAUGACAGUGUUAAUCAUUUCAGGUUUAACAUUGUGGUAAUGCUAUAACAUAGAUAUUUAAAGAAAAACACACAAUUUAAUCAACAUUUAAAUGUAAAAGGUACAGAAGUAGUUAUUAUGCUGAAAGUGAAACUUGCCACUGAUGUUCAUAUUUCAAAACAGCUGUAAUACUGAAUACUGUAUUGAAAGAACUGAUUGCUGUUUAUUAGGUGAUUUUAACAAGUGGGCUUGUUAGAUGACAAGUGACAACAUUUGGCUUACAUGAACUAAACUCAAAAGGUGGGAUGGCUGUCUCGACUCUCAACUGUUUAUCUCUAGCAACGGUAUAAUAUUACCUGCUAGCUAUUUCUCUGUAUGUUUAUUCAUUUUAACACUAACCGAUAAUGAAUGUAUGUUUUGCUGUACAGGAAGUGACUGUCCUGAUGUCAUAGUACACCGGAUGACCUGUCGCAUGUGGUGGUAUUAAGUUUAGGUUUAAUUGGCUAGUUGGCUAGUUGGCACAAUAAUUUGAUUUGAUUUAUCACACAAGGUUAGCUGGUUAACCAAGGAUGGGUUCAACCACUCUUGGUUGAAUUCUUUCCUUUACACUGAUGGUUAAUGUUACCAUUUUCUUCUCACCCUGUAGACUAGACCUAUUAGAGAGCUUUACACUUACACACUUACAAGAUGAAUCACUGGAAGACAUUGAGAUUUUAAACCAGUUGUCUGAUUUGGAGUCACUUUUAUCUCUACUGAUAGCAAUUCAGGAGUUGAACUACACAUAAGAACUCUCUGAAUGUAUGUUAACUGAACCCCUUUCUGCUUGCUAUAGAAUAUAAAUCAGUGAUCAAAACAUCAACUUUAUCUGCCCUCUUCACUCACUUUCCAACAUAUAUUUUUUUAAAUUGGUGAGAUAGUGACAAUUUUGAGGAAUGAAUUUAAUUGAAAUUGAUACAUCAACGUGCAUAUUCCAAGAACUGGUUAUAUGUAAGAUACGGGGAAAAUCUAUAUUCAUAAUGUAUACAUGGUGUGUACUGUAUUUGGGAAGAUGAAACAGAAAGAUUUUUUGUUCAAUAUGCUUGAGGACAAAAAUAGAGAGACAGAUUUAAAGCAAGUUAAUAUUAGAUGUGAUGAAAGUAUUUGCUUUAAGGCUUUAAGUGGACAAUAUUUAUAAAACAUCUUAAGGUGCUUCGUUUGUCAUGUUUUCGGAGACAUUAUUUUACGUUUAUGGAAAAGUAAAUGUUAGCACAGAACAAAUGUUUUAUUGUCAUGUGGGCCUGUUGGUUGCACAAGUUCAGUAGUAUUUCUUCUGUUGUAUAGUAUGUGAAUGAAUACCAAUUUGAAAAGCAUCAACGUGUCGUUGCUGGACUAAACCUUAUCUGAAACAGAAAACUUUUUUUUUUCACAAGCACACAGGUAGAUUCACUCAUGAUCACUUGCCUCCAGAUGUCCAAAGUAACAAAGAAACAAAAGAGAGCCACAAACAAUCUAAUAGUUAUGGGGUACUGUAUGUGCUGCAACCGAAGUCGUGUUUACAUUAGCUAGAGAUGACGUACGUGCUACUAGGACGUAGUUGCUUUCAACAUUAUGACUUGGUGCUAUGUUUAACUCUGUGGUGCUGUAGAUCAGAGCCCUACUCUCUUGAAGUCCUCUGUGUUUUACCAACUCAACUAGUUCCAUCGCUGUAAGUCCUAUUAAUAAACUAGUGUGAUUGGCAAUGAGCAAAUUGUAUUGAUUGUAGGAUCAGAUAGUGGCAAUAGAUAGUGUGGUGACAUUCAAAAAAUACAUCAAAGAGACUUAGAAUAAUGUAGCAAUGGAACAAUAGUUAGUUUCUGUCUCUGUUCCAGCCUCUGUCUGUGCUUCCAGGGUACCCUCUCCAGAGUGUUGUACUUGUGUUGAAGGGGGGAUAUAAUAUCCAGCUUAGAUGGGGAAACCUACUUGGUGUGAAGUUAUUUAUCAGUACUUUUGAUCAGUAUUAAAUAUGUAACAGCAGACAGGGGAGGGAAUCUGAGCCCAUGGUCAGGGCAUGAGAAGGUCGUUCUACACUACACACUUCCUACAGGUCAAAACUAUUUUUAAUGGACAGCACUGUUUUCAAGCACACAACUGCAGGGGCAUAACCUUCUUAUGUGAUUUCUCUCCACUGGUUUCACAAAGUCUCCUAUUGGGGGACAGUAUUGUACAGUAUAGCCAAUAAGAGUAUUCAUCAAACAGCGUUUGUAUUUAAGCUGAUUCUUCUCAUAUGUUUUGGUAAAGGUAUUGCUGACACACUCUUCAUAUAAACUUUUACUAAUGUAUGUAGUCUUCCGGGCUCUCUUGCCUUUUCAACAACAAAAAUACAUACAGUAUGUAAGAGGGCUGCUUUGGAGGUACAGAUGUAGGAUCUUAAUUUGAGCCAAUUUGCUACAGCAGGAAAAUAAUCCUGCAGCAAAAGAAAAUGUGAAUUAUUAUAGUGAUUAUAAUUAAUGGACGUUUUUGUAGGGUCUGAUAUAUUUUUCUUAAGGGAAAAUCAAGACUGAAAUGUCAAAGUGGAAAUUACAAACUUCAGAAGCCUUUUUAAACCUCAAAUACACUACAAGUGUGAAAUAUCAUGCAUUGCAGGAAAGUUCUCCUGCAACAGGGCGAUCAAAUUAAGAUCCUGUACUCUUAGAUCGACUUUUAUUUUGUGUUUUUUUGCUUAAAGGCCUUUAGUGCAUAAGUAGGAGCUGGUAUGAUUAUACUUAGAGCAAAUUUGAUUUAACUAUAUUUAUCUUGCAUGUAGAGACAAUACAAAAGAGCCUAUUCAGAAAUCAGUCAUAAACUUUCAACCUGGUUGUGAUCAGACAGAAAAUGGAAUAUGUAGUAUUUUCUAUGUUCUCUGUUUUUCCAUGUGUACCAGCACUGAGGAAAUAGAAUGUAUUAUUACUGUACAAUAAGUGCUACAUCUUUGACUGUUUUAACUAAUGCUCCUCAUCCUCAAGCCAGUAGUGCUUAAAGGAAGAAUAUGUAGUCAUGUCAUAGCAUAUUUUCAUCCAUUGAGGCAUGUGCGUGUGCUGUACAUCACGUUUACAUUCUAUAUUUUAUGUUGACAUCUUCUGUGCAUAAUCUGUUUCAAUAUGCCUUUUUCAACUGAAACAAUUGAUCUAUAUCAGACUGUUCAUAUGUAAAUAUUCCAAAGCAAAAACAUGAAACAUAUUUUACUUUUUGUCUAUUUUACAAUGAUAACCUGCGGAUCAUUUGGAGCUUCAUCAUUCAGUUAUGUUUGAUUGACAUCAGGAAUUAUUUUACACUUAACUUUUAUGUGAGCAAUUAACUCAUCUACUGUAUGGUGCUGUACCAAAGCCUUAUGUAAAAUACUAGUCUGUGUUGAUUUUCUCUUUUGUCACUGUUGUCCAGGGAAUUCAAUAUUGUCUGGGAUCACGUGUUGCUCACUUCAUGUUCAACUGCCAUGGAACUUCUUCUUCAAACGAAACCCUGAAGAAAAAGCAUAAACGCACUGGCUUAAUACCACCAGUGGCUUCUAGAGAAUAGGUGACAAAGGCUUAUGACCUGUGGCAUAGGCUCAAGACAAAGUGGCAUACGUUUAUUAAAAAGGCAUUGUAUCAUUGGCUCAUGAGCGGUUUGUGACAUAGACAUACAGCAUGUUCUAUGAUGAUCCAUGGCAUGUCCAUGAGAGGUGGAAAAGCAGCGUUGCGUUCAUGUCCAUCAUGUGUCCAUUUCCAACGCUUAGUCCAAUGUAAUAUUUUCCUCUUCAAUUUUUGUAUUUUGAUAUAAUAAAAAUCUAAAACGUG